AUGAGGCUUACACCCCGUGCCUUGGGGCUUACGCCUCGCAACAUUCUUCUCAAUGAAGACUUUUGUCCAAAAAUAUCCGAUUUUGGCCUUGCAAAACUAUGUAACAAGAAGGAAAGCAUCGUAUCUUUAUUGGGCGCAAGAGGAACUAUUGGGUAUAUUGCACCAGAAAUUGUGUAUAACAAUAUUGGAGGAGUUUCGCACAAGUCAGAUGUGUAUAGCUAUGGUAUGAUGGUCCUCGAGAUGGUUGGAGGAAGGAAAAAUGUUGACGUUGUUGUUGACCAUACUAGUGAAAUAUACUUUCCACACUGGAUUUACAAACAAAUUGAACAAAAGGAAGAGCUUGCAUUAACUGGCAUUGUGAAGGAAGACGAUAAAAAACUUAUGCAUGACGAACUCCUGUUUGUUUACGAGUACAUUCCUAAGGGAACAGUAGCUGUUCACCUUCAUGAAAAUUUAGCAGUCACUUACUGGCCUGUUCGAAUGAGCCUUGCUAUUGAAACUGCUAGUCCAUUGGCUUAUCUCUAA